UAUUGAAAUGUUUAUUUUAGAACUCUCUUGCAAAGAAAUAAGAGAGAGCGAGAGAGGUUAGGGUUUCGAAUCGAAGAAAAAAAUCCAGAACAGAAGAGAGGAAUCGUUGCAGAGGAUCCAUGGAAGAAGCUUUGGCAAAUGCUUUGGCUAUCGCUGACCAGAGGCAGAAGAUCGAACAGUACAAGCUCAUCCUUGCCUCUGUUCUCUCCUCCAACGAUCUUCUCCAGGCCAAGAAGUUCAUCGAUCACAUUUUAUCCGAUGAUGUCCCGUUGGUGGUCUCGAGGCAGCUUUUGCAAUCUUUCGCACAAGAGUUGGGGCGAUUGGAACCGGAGACACAGAAGGAGAUUGCGAGCUAUACACUUUCUCAGAUUCAGCCUAGGGUUGUUUCGUUUGAGGAACAGGCUCUCAUUAUCAGAGAAAAACUAGCUGACUUGUAUGAAUCAGAGCAGCAAUGGUCAAAAGCAGCUCAGAUGCUUAGUGGCAUUGACCUAGAUUCUGGAAUGAGCAGGGCUGUUGACGAUAACUUCAAGCUCUCAAAGUGUAUCCAAAUUGCUCGUUUAUAUCUUGAGGAUGAUGAUGCUGUAAACGCAGAGGCUUUUAUAAACAAGGCCUCUUUCUUAGUGAGCAAUAGUCAGAAUGAAGUACUGAAUUUACAGUAUAAGGUGUGCUAUGCUAGAAUUUUGGAUAUGAAAAGGAAAUUCCUUGAGGCUGCAUUACGGUAUUAUGACAUAUCUCAGAUUGAAAAACGCCAAAUAGGGGAUGAAGAAAUUGACGAGAAUGCAUUGGAACAAGCCCUAUCGGCUGCUGUUACCUGUACCAUAUUAGCUGGAGCUGGUCCUCAGCGUUCUCGUGUUCUUGCAACUCUAUAUAAAGAUGAACGGUGCUCCAAGUUGAAGAUUUAUCCUAUAUUGCAGAAGGUGUAUCUUGAAAGGAUCUUGAGGAAACCUGAGAUUGAUGCUUUUGCUGAAGAACUGAGGCCCCACCAGAAAGCGUCUUUGCCUGAUAAGUUCACUGUUCUCGAUCGUGCAAUGAUUGAGCAUAAUCUUCUGAGUGCAAGCAAACUUUACACAAAUAUAAGGUUUGAUGAGUUGGGAACGCUUCUAGGGAUUGAUCCGCAGAAGGCCGAGAAGAUAGCAUCGAAAAUGAUUUAUGAAGAUAGGAUGAGGGGUUCCAUAGACCAGGUGGAGGCUGUCAUACACUUUGAGGAUGACACUGAAGAACUACAACAAUGGGACCAUCAGAUAUCGGGAUUAUGCCAAGCUCUGAACGACAUCCUCGAUGGCAUGGCGAAGAAAGGCUUACCGGUUCCUGUCUGAUCGAUUAAAUCCCCCAGACUACUGCUGCAAGACAUGGGUAAUUCUCCAAUACAAUUAUUAUUAUUAUUUUUUUUAUCAGAAGCUCUUUAGUUCGUUGCUAUCCGUUAUUUUUGGAAAUUGUCGGGGCGUAUCUAGAAAGAGAUCUACGUAGAGAAGUCUCAUGGCUCGAGUUUGUUAUUUUUGUUGUUUUUGCCAAAUUGUUUUUAUAAUUUUCAGAAACUCUUUUUAACUGCCUGUCUCUGGGCUUGCGCGUAUUCGUGGCCCUUUUUAACAAAGAGGGCGGGAGGGAAAAGACGGGAAAUGAUGGGUGUUGGGGUUUUAGCAGAUUUAUGUAUAUAUAUUAGGGAGAACCCCAUAAAAUAUCAUCACCCAACUAAAUAGAACUUUUUUUUUUAACAAAUGAAUUCUUCAAUUUGGGCAAAGUAUUAUACAUAACCUUUUUCAAGAGGCUAAUGUCUGAUUAUUUUAUUGA